AGUGGGGCUGCCGGACGCACAGUCGCCAACGAGGACCGAACCUGGAUAGGGCCGAGGUGUAUCGAAAGAGGAAAACAAGGCAGGCAGUGGGGCUUUUUUCCGACUGAAAACAAUUUUUCCUGGCUCCUCGAGCCAGAGGGAAAACCGCUUUGGAACAAAAACGAAUUUACGACAAAGAUCAGACGAUUUUCUAUAACACCUGCGCCCACGAAGGUUGUCCGUCUCUCCUGACCAAAUCUGGCAUUUUAGCUGUCAAGUCUGCUUUACACGAAGGGAAUGAGAUGUCAAUUGAUAUAAGGAGAUCACAUUCCCGCACGAGUGAUCUCAGGCCGGGCAGGGCCGUCAGUUUCAACAGAGACGUCCACGUCAAGAGAUACGGCAACAAGAGGCUUGCGAAGAUCGAAGAGAAACCCGAAUCGGAGAUGAGGUCGAGAGGAAGAGCGGACGGCACGGAGGACAGACCGAGGCGCGAGGAUCCCUCGGAACAUGGUGCACCUCCAGCCCAGAAGGACUCGAUCACCAAAAAGAUAAAGCAGUUCUUCACGAUCAACAAGAAGCCCAACGACGACGUACGAACUAGAUACAAGGAAUACAAAGGAGAGGAAUACGACCGCGGAAGGAGAAGGGAUUCGGCUCCCGAUUCGAAAAACUCUUGGUUCAGGUCGUUGGAGAGGUCGAAGAGGACGGAUAGGGACGAUCCUGAACGCAAGAACCUGCGUUACUUCGGUGAAUCGGACGCGGAAUCCCGGCGGUAUCUGACGACGGAACGCCGCCGAGGACGCCACCAGAGCGGGGUCGACGUCUCGACGACAGACGACGCGACGGACGCCGAACCCUCCCGGUACGACAGCCUCAUCUAUCUUCAUGCGCCCCGCGUCCGAGACAUACCCAGCCCAAGGCAGAAGACACUGGAGAAAAAGAGGCAUCUGACCCGUUCCGUGAGCCUCGUCGGGCCGUGGACACCUUCGCACCGCCCAGUUAGCAGAUCAGGUGCGACACUCGUAGAUUCCGGCACCCAGACGAUCUCCAGGACGACAAAGGACAGAGUCCCGAAGCCGGAUAGGCAUAAACUCCGGGAGUUAGUCUUCACGGGGCCGCCCCUCGAUUCAUCCUCGAACUUCAGGGGAAGGGUGUAGGGCCCAGUGGUCGUGUUGCGACGUUAUCUAAACAAUCUAAUCGUUAUUCAAAAUAAAUUAAAAAAUUAAUAUAUUUAAUUUAAAUUUAUUUAAUGAAAUGU